AUGCCCCCAAGUUCCAACGAUAAAUCUCAACAUCAGCAGUCAAUGGGGUCUGGCUUCCCAGGCUCCAAUCUGUAUCCCAACUCCAACAUCUGGACCGCAUCCAUAUCCAACGCAAGAGAGCGCUCCAUCGGCGCCAAAGAAAACGAAGGUAGUCCCUCCGGCUCCGGUGCCCUUGCGGCCAACUCAGAAGCAGACGUUUGGGGUACAUCAGGCCCUUGGAAAACCGAGCACGCAACCCGAUCAGUCAGUACCUCUCCGAAUAGAACUCGUGAUGCCGCCAUUCCGAACGGAACCGCGUACUUCGACCAUGCACCAUCUGCGAUAGGCGUGAAGAAGGGCAGCUUUGGUGGUGGCCACACAUUUCAAGAAGACCAGUCCGUCUAUGGGUCUGCCUUUGCACCGCAGAAGAGAACCACUGGAGAUGCUUCAUACAUGGAUUCGCUAGGUUCUUUCACUCAGGCUCGGGAGCCCAGCCUGCCUCCAUCACGGCAAUCUCAAAACUCUCCUGCCUUUCAGGAUGUCUACCGUGGGCAUACACCAAGCAACUCCAUCCACUCGCAAAGGGCCAUUGGCAACCACGCUCCUUCCUUUUCGACACAGAGUGUGAAUCAAAGAGCAUUCAACCUCAACAAACAGAUUGAUGAAGAGCUGGCUUUACAGUUCAGUCGUCGCGCAGCCUUGGACACCCCCAGCACUGGAGCAAACGUCUUCAACCCCGCAUCUCAACCAUUCCAGUUGAACCCUGGGUCGCAAGCCUGGAUGGGCGAAUCCUCUAACGCGAGGUACGAAGGUGGUCUUGAGAUGAAUCCGGACCCUUUGGCUGCACAGUACGCUGCCAUCAAGAGAGGCUCUAUUGACAGAAUUUCUCCCCCCACCGCCUUCCGCUUGGAGAGCGGAAGCAGCCCUCGCACCUACGCCGCUAAUCACGACACUUGGCCAGCCAGGCCUUCGUCGCGAGAUCACAGAUCAACUGAGGCAGAACGACGGAGCGCUGCUGCCCAACACUUUACGGGCGCAUUCUCACCUUUCUACCCCGGCCAGUAUCCCUACGCCAACCUACCUUCUCAAUAUCCGCAUAACUUCAUGGACCCAUACACCCAAAACUUCCGCAACGCCAUGAUGUCCGGCUACGGCAUUGCUCCAAUUUCUUCUGGAUAUCCCCUAGCCGCUAAUCUUCCUCCAGUACGCCCUGCUAGAGAACAGGACCCUGGCAAAGGUGUCCGCAGUGUUCUCUUGGACGAAUUUCGCCUUAGCAACAAGUCUAGCAAGCGAUACGAGCUCAAGGACAUUUACAACCAUCUUGUCGAGUUCAGCGGAGACCAGCAUGGGUCGAGGUUUAUUCAGCAGAAGUUGGAGUCGGCCAACAGCGAUGAGAAGGACCAGGUGUUUCGCGAGAUUGAGCCCAACGCGAUUCAACUGAUGAAGGACGUUUUCGGAAAUUACGUUGUUCAGAAAUUCUUCGAGCACGGCAAUCAAGUGCAGAAGAAGGUUUUGGCCGAGAAAAUGAAGGGUAAGGUGGUCGACCUCUCGGUUCAGGUUUAUGCUUGUCGUGUUGUUCAAAAGGCUCUUGAGCAUGUGCUCGUCGAGCAACAAGCAGAGUUGACGAAGGAAUUAGAGCCGGACAUUCUGCGCGUCAUUCGAGACCAGAAUGGCAAUCAUGUUGUCCAGAAAAUCAUUGAAUUGGUUCCAAGACAAUACAUUGACUUCAUCAUGAACGCGGUCCGUGGCCAGAGCACUGGUCUUGCCUCGCACACUUACGGCUGCCGCGUCAUCCAGCGUUUGCUGGAACAUGGAACCGAAAGCGACAAGAUGGAAAUCAUGACGGAGCUGCAUGCAUCUGCUCAGAUACUGAUUACGGAUCAGUACGGCAACUACGUGGCUCAGCAUGUGAUUCAGAACGGAAAGCCGGAAGACCGUGCCAAGAUGAUCGAUUUGGUCAUGGCUCAACUGCUCACUCUUUCAAAACACAAGUUUGCAUCCAACGUGGUGGAGAAGUGCAUUGAAUAUGGCACGGCCGAGCAACGAACUAUUGUUCGGGAACAGCUUACGACGGUUGGCAGCGAUGGCACCAGCCCGCUUCAGCAGAUGAUGCGCGACCAAUAUGGCAACUAUGUCAUUCAAAAGCUACUUGGCCAGCUCGAGGGCAGAGAGAGGGAGAUGUUGGUGGAAGAGAUCAAACCGCAGUUCUUUGCAUUGAAGAAGAACGGGGCAUCCCGGCAGCUUCAAGCACUUGAGAAGCUUCUUGGGCUGGGGUCCGGUAGCUCUACUUUGAAGAAUGACGCUGCAUCCACUCAGACAGACCUGAACUCCGCUGCCGACACGCCAGCACUGACCAACGAGACUAGCAGCCCGCAGAGCAGCAGCCCUCGUAGUGCUCAUGUCAGCGCCGUUGGUAUUCCUGGCGAAGAUGCCGGGAGGAAGGCGUCGGAUAAGCUGUCCAACGGAGUAAUUCCUCAAGUGCGAGAGGAAGAGGCAUAG